AUGGAUCAAAUGGACAAUGAACUCGAUAAAAUGGAAAAACAAUAUAACAACGUGUUGAAGGAUAGCGAAGAUCAAGUUAGAGAAACAGCAGGCUUCUUGUUAAAAGUUGGGCAAACUGUAAAGAGUUGGAAACGACGAUGGUUUGUGUUUAGAAAAGAUUUGACCUUCAGUUACUUUAAAACCGUUGAGGAUUUGAAGCCAAUUGACACGAUUGAUGUAUCAAUGGAAGAAAGCUUGGAUAUCUCUGCAGACGUGACUCAAGGAAAGCCUUUUGCUUUCAAAUUGGUGACAAAAGACAGAACUUAUUACUUGUGCGCAACCAACGAGGACGAAAAGAGACGAUGGAUUUCGACACUUAGAAGGUGGUUUGAGGUGAAUAAGGCGUACUUGACGAAAUGA